AUGGCAAAGUUAAAACAUCCCAUCAGUUGCAAGGCCCUUACAAAGCCACCAAAGGAUCAAAAGCCCCCACCAUUCACAGGAGGAUUUGUUCCAAACAAACAAACACAAAACAAGGUUUAUUCAUUUGAUCUAACCAAGGUGGAUGCUUUAUUUGAUGAGAUGUUGCUACAGAAAGCAAUAGAGACACCCCACAGAUUGCCCAAGCCGGAAGAGCUCAAAGGCAGGCAGUAUUGCAGGUUGAAGCUGGUAGAAAAACCUUCAUCAGUGACAACGGAUCCUUUUCCCCAGCCGCAAGUCAACAUGGUCAACUUAAAUUGGCCAGAACAAAAGAGAAGCAGACCAACGACAGAAGCUAGCUCCAGCAGAGGCAGAAGAAACAUAAGAGAGACUAGUCAAAGGCCAAAAGCAACCAUAUCAGUUGGGGUAGUGCUUUGCAGCAAGUGCAAGUGUGAAGCUGAGCUAGAAGUGGUCAUGGACAGGCAAAAUCAGCCCACACCUAGUGUUUUUGACAGAAUUGGGACCUCAUCCCGAGACAGAGUCAGACAAAACGUCUAUCUUAGGCUUGUUCAGCACAGCAGAAGGAAGAUAGAGCAGCCCAAGAAGGAGAUACUAAUUAAGAUGCCCGGGAAUGAAAAGCCUUUGGCAACUAUCAUAGAAGGCAGAUGGUAUUCUGUGGGGAAAAGUGGUAGACCAACUCUGGAGCUAACCAGAACUCAGAAGAUGAGGGUUCAAAGGCAGUACUGCACAUUCCUCAAGAGCAAGAGUAAUGCACAGGUACUUCCAGAAGCCAGUUCUGCGAGAAAAGGGAAGGAACUAGAAGUGCCUCCUCUGGCAGAACAAACAACCUGCCAGACACAAAAGCUGGUAAAAACAGAAUCUCCAGGCAGACCUCCUAUCCAUCCUGCCUCAUCCUCAGUCAAUCUGCUUGAGCCUUUACAAGUACAAGGUGAAUCCGAACCUAUCCCAGCAGAAGAACAAGAAGACUGGACUGGAUAG